AUGGCAACAACACAGCAGCGAAUUGUCCCUCGUUACGCCCGUACGCACCGCACAACCCUUUCCCACACUGCAUACGGAUGUGGUUAUCCCAGACUGACGAGCUUCCGCAGACACGGCCGGACGAACGUCGUUGGCGUACUCCUGGGACGGUAAAUACCUGAUCACUGUCGGGUCCAAUGAAGUCAUCCGGAAGUUCACCGUAGCUUCGGAGGACGAGCCCGUCACUAUUGAGGAUGCGCUGGGGAGGAAUGUGGCCGUUGCGGCCUCAGUACGAUACCUGCAAUCACUUUUGACCUCCCCCUGUUUUCCCAUAGCUAACUGAGCGAUUGAUGAAUUGGUAGGAUGAGAACUUCAUUACUUGUUCGGAGAGUGGAACCAUCUCCCUCUUCUCUAUGGUCACGGAUACGCUCAAACAACUCCUCGUGCGAUGCACACUCCCGUCGAGAGAUAUUGCGCUGAGUCCGGAUGGUGACUGGGUCGCUGUUGCGAGUGACGAGACGGUUGUUAAGGUGGUUAACAUCGAAGAUAAUCACAAGAUUAUGAGCCUGCGGUCUCAAUCACAGUCCGUCAAGCACCUAGCGUUCCAUCCGACUGGGAAUUAUCUCGCGGUCUCGUGUGUUGAUGGGGUGAUAUAUAUCUACUCACUGACUACCGAGGAACCGGAGUUGGUGAAGAAGGUGGAUGGGAUUAUCAAGGCGGUAGAUGCGGAGUCGGAGGUCUGCUCGAAGGUUGCGUGGCAUCCGGAUGGGAGGGCAUUCGCGGCUCAGACUCCUACUAGAGGUUAGUGGUCGGGUGAGGGCGUGGGACUAAGGCCGGGCUGUCCGGGCUGAUACGGAAUAGAUAUUAUCGUUGUCGACCGAACAAAAUGGGAGACUCACAAGGCUUUUGCCAGUGGCCAUGUCGGGGAUAUAACAGACUUUGCCUGGUGUCCUAACGGUGCAUUCCUCGCGAGUGCUGGGACCGAUGGGAAGCUUGUUAUCUGGGAAACGGAAGAACAGACCAUAAUCGCAAAGUACGAUUACCGACACAUCGUCUCGCUUGCCUGGCACCCAAAGCAUAACGCAAUCUCCUUCACGACCAGCAGAGGAGAACUGUAUACACUACCCAACGCCGUUCCAGAAGACUCUGCCUUCCGAUUGAAACUCGCCACCCGUUUGGCGCCAUUGCUAAAUGAUAGUGGCCCAUCAACUAUCUUGGAGAACAGGAGCAGGCCACCGCCGCAUCGUCAACGGGCCGGCUCAGUAGACUCUUUAGAUGAUAUACUCGGGGGUGGAGUGGACGACGGUCUCGACGACUUCAUAAUCGACGACGAUGGAGCCGGCUACUUGGAGCCCAGCAAGAGCAGGAAGCGUGGCAGCGAGCACCUAGAUCCAAUCACUCACGGCCCCAAACGGCCAGCAUACGGCAUGGCGAUGUGGUCUCCGGAGAUCCACGAGCCUUUCCAGCCGGGGAGCACACCUUGGAAGGGAAAACGCAGAUACCUCUGCCUAAACCUUAUCGGCUUCGUCUGGACCGUAGACCAAGAUACGCACCACACCGUCACCGUUGAGUUCUACGACCGGGACUCCUAUCGCGACUUCCACCUCCCGGAUCCAUACUUGUACGACAAAGCUUGUUUAAAUGAGAUCGGCACACUCUUCUCUUGCCAGCCCAAAGACGAGAAUCCCGCCAUGAUCUUCUACCGUCCGCACGAGACAUGGGCUACCCGCGUCGACUGGCGCACAUCCCUACCCAGGGGCGAGGAGAUCGUGUCCAUCGCGCUGAGCGAGUCGUAUAUCGUCGCAUGCACCUCCAAGGGAUACGUUAGGGUCUUCACACUCUUUGGUGUGCCGUUCAGGGUUUACAGGCAGAAGCACAUGCCGUUCGUCGCAUGCGCUAGCUGGAGGGAUUACAUCUUUGUCAUGGGAAACGGAGCCGUCGGGGCGGAUGGGAAGACGCAGUUGACGUACUCGAUCGAGAAUGUCAAGAGGGAUGAGACACUGCAGUGCUCGGAUGUCGUGGCCCUGUCGCCGGACGGGGAGGCGAAAAAUGCUUUUUUCUCCAGCAAUGGGGUGUGUAGAGUCUUCCCCCUCUCGAGCAUUGCGGAUUACGAGUGACUCACUGUGAUAAAAAUAGGAUCCGGUGAUAUACGAUUCCGAGGGCGUAUUGCUGGUGUUGGUUCACUGGAGGCAGCCGGGGCAAGCCAAGUGGGUACCGUUAUUGGAUACAAAGACACUGGACCGUUUGGCGGGAGGCAGAAAGGAAGAAACCUAUUGGCCCGUCGCCAUCGCGCAGAAUAAAUUCCAUUGCAUCAUUCUCAAGGUAAGAAUACAAUCAAACCUAACACAAAGAGGAAGAAAAGUAAAGAAAAGAAAGGGGAGGAAAUGGAAAGAAGAAAACUCUGACAUCAACACCAGGGCGGUGAGAAACACCCCUACUUCCCACGCCCCCUCCUCAGCGAAUUCGACUUCAAAGUCCCCCUCUCGACAAACUCCACUACCGACUCCACCACCCCCAUCCCAAAAACCGACGUCCUGGAAGAAACCUACGUCCGCGAGUCCGUCCUGCUAGCGCUGCAGGAGGACCUUGCAGCGCACACAGCCACCGAUGCGCAGGACAGGAUGGAGAUGUCAAAGCGUGUGAACGCGAUCGACAAGGCGCUGCUGCAACUCUUGGGACUGGAGUGCCAGAAUGAAGAUUACGGGCCCAAGGCGCUGGAGAUUUGCGGGCUGUUUAGGCAGAGGCGGACGCUGGAGCUUGCUAUAAAAGUUGCUGUCAGGUUUAAUCAGGUGGUCUUGGCGGAGAAGAUUGGGGAGUUGAGGGAUCGGAUGGAGAUUGAGGAGUAGAUAGGUAGGUAUCAUAGGUAGUUUCUAUUAUUAUUAUUGUAAUUAUCAUGUGCGUGGCGGGUAAGUAGUUUUUAAUGGGUGGGGAAGGGUUAUUGCGGUUGGCUAUGGGGAUUUCAUGAUGUCUGAUAGGGCUUUUGCGGCUACCCUUCGGCGUUCUUGUUUAGAGACUUCUUCGCCCAUGUCUAGUUUGUGUGCUGUUAGUAUUUCCUAAGCUUAGUAGUAAUGAUUUAUUCGGUAGGACCGUUUAGAUCCGGCUAGGGGUACCCGAGUAAGGAAGGAAAAUAAAAAAACAUACCUUUGAGAGCACUCAUCUUCAUCAUCAUAGUCUCCAAUUUU